UCGCGCUUCUGUCAGUGGAAUACAAACGGACGUUUUUCAGAGCAGAGGACAGAAUUGCUUUCUGAGGCACUAUUCUCCUUUUCUCCCGGUUGUGUGUGUCUCGCCUGUUGACCAUGGGAACACAAAGUGACAAACGGGCUCCGGUGGUAUCGGCUGGAGGAGCCGUUCAGUGACAGCUGUUGUUAUCUGACUGACAGACAGACCGGUGAAACGUGACGGACAGGUAAACCGCUGUGCGUUUCAAAUCAAUGGCCUGGGGAAUAACGGCAACAGAGGAUAUGCUGUAAGGCGAAGUGGUGUGUUUAUCUCGGACUUUACCGCGUUGUGGCUCAAGUAUGGGGUCGGUAUAGCCGGUAGAGCGGAGACUGGAGGUUUGCGUCUGGUUUUGUCUGCGCUCCGUCCCCUCCGGUGGACACAGCUGAAGAGACUGGAGACACGGACGGAGACGGGGCUGGUUUUGUUUCGGCGGAGACAUGGCAGCGGCCAUCGCCAGCGGUUUAAUCCGGCAGAAGCGACAGGCGAGAGAGCAACACGCCCACCGACCGACUACACACCGGCGGCGGAAGAGCCCCGGUAAGAAGCAGGGGCUGUGCAACGGGAACCUGGUCGACAUCUUCUCCAAAGUCCGGAUAUUUGGCUUGAAGAAGAGGAGGCUACGGAGACAAGAACCACAGCUGAAGGGCAUAGUGACCAGGUUGUUCUGCAGGCAGGGCUUCUAUCUCCAGAUGGGCCAGGAUGGAAGUCUGGACGGGACCAAAGACGACAGCACCAACUCCUCUCUGUUUAACUUAAUUCCUGUGGGUCUGAGAGUCGUGGCCAUCCAAUCAGUCAAGACUGGCCUCUACAUCGCCAUGAAUGGGGAGGGUCACCUCUACUCAUCGGAACUGUUUACAGCUGAGUGUAAGUUUAAGGAGUCGGUGUUCGAGAACUACUAUGUGAUCUACAGCUCUAUGCUCUACAGACAGAAGGAGUCGGGCCGGGCCUGGUUUCUGGGCCUCAAUAAAGAGGGACAGGCCAUGAAGGGCAACAGGGUCAAAAAGACCAAACCAGCUGCACACUUCCUGCCUAAACCUAUAGAAGUUGCGAUGUACCGAGAGCCUUCAUUGCACGACGUAGGGGAGGCGGUGCCUAAACUCGCCGGGGGCCCGCCUUCCAAAAGCACAACCAGCGAACCGGUGGUCAUGAAUGGCGGCAAACCAGUCAACAAACCCGACAAAGAGGAGACAUAACCCAGCCCCCCGUUUAACUCUCCCCUGGCCAACCGGAGGCCAGGAAAAGCCAGAGACUCGCCCCGCUGCUGUGCUCUCACAAAACUAAACUGCAACAAAAGGUAACCAAACAAACAACAGCUCAAGUUCUGACUGGUCAGCAGUGGGGCCGCACGUCCCGCCUCAGCUCUUCCCCUGUUGGACAGAUCCGAUGUUGUGGGGAAGAGCACUGCGGCUGGUGGCGGGGGGGAAGAGGAGGAUGAAGACCGUAAAGUCAGGCCAAUGCCAGACGGAUAUUUUGGAACUGGGACAGCCCUCAUGUGGGACACGAAAUGACUUCUUAAAGUAUAAACAAAACAAAGAAAAAACGGAAAAAAAUGUCGUCUUCACCGGUAUUUUUCUGUGACAAUCUGUAAGAAUGAGGCCCCUUUUUUUCCUCUCCUGAUAGUACUGUUUUCUGUUGCCAGGUAUGCUUGCUUGCUGGUGGCUACACACACACACACACACACACAUACACACACACACACACACACACACACACACAUGCACACAACUCCUACCCAAAAUCGACCACUUGGAUUCGAUCUUUGAGUAAAUAAAGAACAGAUUAAAGCAAACAUCAGGCAAAGAGAAUGCUUUAAAUACCAAACACUGAUGAUUCAGAGGAUGCUUAGUCAUCGAUCAAUUAAGAUUUGGCACAAGACCUUCUCUACUAAGCUUAUAAUGAAAUGUACUUGAAAAUGGCCCUCUGCAUUAUAUACAAGGCAACCCAUCGUAUGACAUGUCCCUGAUUUUAAUCACAUACGAUAUAGCUGUUAAAAAGAGAGAGUUCUUAUUUGACACCACAUAGCUUAAAGCAUGUUUGUCUUUUCAGUAUGCCUUUGUUAUCUUUUUGUUGGAUGGUUUAUUACUGUAUUCUGCAUACACAGAGCACUAGUGAAUAUCGAGCUACGUUGUUGUACAGACACAAAAGAGAUUUUAGUGUCUACCUCUCUGUCUUUUUUUUUUUCUGUCCCCUUUUGAAUUCCAUAACGUCACUGACACAAGCGUAGCUCAGGAGAGGAGGAGAACAGCUGACGUGUCAAGUAAGGAGUUUUGGUAUCAAGUUGCUCAAAUUAGUGCGUAGCUGAAGCCAGAACGAUUUCCACAAAUUCCCUGUUUGUAGCAACACGGAGUGCACAGGAGGCAUGCUGGCGUCCAAACAGCAUGGUAGCAGUCAGUGUUUACAUGGAGUAGCAGAAAUUGCAGAGGGUCAAACCUCAAGAACGGUCAGUAGUAUUUUUCUUUUCUGUUGCCUUCCCAAGUACUUGAAGUUAAAGGUAGGAAUGAGGGUAAAAAUGAACAGGGUAAAUGAUGUUAAAGCCACUUUGUGUUGAACUUAACUGCCCAGUGGUUCUUUCAAAAAAGACACUUAGGUAGACAGCAAUACACGCCACUACCCUCCCAUAAUGCAACCUGCACCUGAAGAUCAGAGGUCUUCACAUGUCCUAAUCUUCAAAGUUAUUACAGCUCUCAAAUAAAUAUUAAUUUUAGAGGAGUGCAAUUUUAAAGUAGCAUAUAUACACAGUAUGUGGAUACUUUGCACGAGUGGAUGCAGAUCUGUGUGUUACUGGCUGCAUUCAGACUGCAGGCAAAUCAAAUUUUUAAGACAGAUUGUCCGCACUGUUAUUUGCAAGUGAUCAGAUUCGAGUUGUGUGUACAGACAGCACCAACCUAUCUGCAUGGGUUGCUGUGUUAACAACAUCUGUAACGACGUGGCUAUGCUGAUGACGCGGCUUUCCAACGCAGAAGCAUAAGAAAUGGAGGUUAGGGGUGUCCCCAACUAAGAAUUUACAAAGUCGAAUCUGAUUCAUCAAGUGUUGCCGAUCAUUGACUCAUUGUCAAAUCAUGUUUUGUUUUCUUUUGCUAAAUGAUUCAUGUUCUUAAUUUUGAAAUAGAACUUGUUUUAUAAUUGUACGUCUUCCAUUCAGCCCUGUAUAUUGUGUGUACGGGGUGAGUGUGUACAUGUGGCGCUCACCACAGUAAAAAGAGCGAACAUAAGAGAUCGAUAGACAGACAGAACACGUCACUUAGUUUGGGUUCUGCUUGCUGUCUGUGGCUGUAAACAGAACUUUGAGACAGAAAGAUGCAAGCCACUGAUUCUAUUGUGACAGAACCAUUGAGAAGUCUAAAAAAUAUUUAGCGCUACCAAAACAAGCUAUGAUUUAACCCAAACAAUUCUAUGUAAAAAUCAGACAGUCAGCACCACCGUGAGCUGAAUGGCAUGAUCCUUUGUUUCAUAACCACAUUUUCCCGCAACUAUGACGAUUCCACUGUGAGAUUAGCAGUCGAAUCAGGCUCCUUAGAUCAAAUCAUCAAGUCGUUGACUAUCCAGCGUCGCCCCUGAUGGAGGUAUACCAUUUUGACCACCAAACAAUCACACUGUGAAGUCGUGGUGCAGAACUCCUCUGUCGUACCACACAGGCUCGUCCAUAGUGCUCAUCUAGAACCAGCAUGGAUUCUGCUCAGCACUUCUGUCCCUCUGGAUUUGACGUCAUCAUUGUGUGACGCAUUGCCAGUGAUGCAAAAGAUACUUUGAAAUCCGAUAUGAGCGUCCAGGCUGAGAAAUCGCAUUUCAAAUCACCUCCGAAUGUGUUUUUUUGCUGUCCACACACUCUAAAAUCAAUCUGAUUACAAUCUGGAUAUAAUGAAAAAUGGAUUUGGGAUUGCAGUCUGAACAAGGCCAGUAUGUCUGCGUGGAUCAGAGCUGAUCUGAUCAUAUGCAUUUUAAUUUCAGGAGGAAAUAUAGUUUUUUGACAAGACAGAGGGUGUGAACUUCACAUUGUGGCUCUAAAUUGGCCUGCACAGCGUCCUAUACCAGCAGGUUACAUUACUAAAACAGUAUUAGAAAUGUGGUUUGUGUAACCACCAAAAACAAACAGCACACACUGAUUGCAGUUUCAAAUCCCACCACCGAAAUGCAGCUCUGAGUGAAAUGUUUCGAACUACAGGGCAGAAAAUCAAAUGCCUUGAAAUGAAAUUAAACCAAAUAGAUUCCCAUGCUUUGCCCUCUCACUGUGACAGUCAACAUGGCACCAAUCUGUUCUGGACUUGAAUCCUGUUCGACACCCAGGCUCUCUGUUUACUCGUCUUUCUAAGACAGCAAGACUAGACGCCAAUUAACUCUUCAGAAAGUUACACCAGUAGUCCGUCAUAUCCCUGAGGAGACGUUAAUACUGUGAUCCCACACUUCAUAUUAGUGUCAGCGACAAUGAGGCACUGAUAAAUGAAUAUAUUCAGUAAGAAACACAAACUGUGCGUCUCUCUCUUUUUGAAUCCUGAUUUUUAAGCAAAGUAACCACUUUGCAUUUUAAUCAGAUCCUUGAAACACUGUCAUAUUUACUGAAGAUGAAUGACCUCCACUGACGUUCCCAAAACUACAAAGAGACAAGACAAAGCGGCCGCCCUAGACACAAAUCCACAAGGCUGUAUGAUUAAUCCUCACAGUUGUUCCGACAUUAAACGAGCUACCCCCAGCCUCAGCAACAGGUGUGUGUCUGUGCAGCAGGUCAAACACUGCGGCUGCUGCACACAAGCCAAGCCUCUCCGACAUGUUUCAUGUUGUCACGCUGUGUUGUACUGUACAGAGGAUACACUCGGCUGCUGAAGAGACUGUGAAAAUACAAGACAGCUCACAGUGUUUCUAAUUGGCAUUUCUCAGAUUUGUUCCUCACAUUCACCACAUUUUUCUCUCCUCUGAUUCUCAUUAGCUGUUACUUGCCUUCAAAUAUGUGUGGCUGAGCAGCUCACAUUGCGUAAACAUAUCUAGUCUCACAUCCAUAGCUACUGUUUGAUAUUAAGGUAUUUUAUAAAAGCCAGAUGUAAGUGAAAUAUGUGUAAAAUAAAAGAAAGAUCAGAGUUUCUGUGUACCCUGGAAAUCUGCAAGUGCACGUGACAUGUAUCAUGAGAAUGUUUGCUGGUUGUAGAUUCUUGCUAUGUGAGUGCCUCUCAUCCCCAGCCAAGCUCGAGAUGUGAGAUCCAGGGUGGCUGCAGAUUUAUGCUAAACACUCGGCCGUCCUGGGCUCCAGCAGGGUUUAUCCAAGAUUUCCAAAUUCUCAAAGUCGCUCGACUCCAGCUCUGUCGAAGUGGGAUGACGGUAAUGUGGAAGAAGUCUUUUAACCGGUGUUGUGCUUGUGUCACGUCAAAGAAAUGUGGAUGUAAUGUUGUGUCACAGUAGGGGUUACUACGUAAAAAAAACAAACCCUGACAAUCAGGUCUGUAAACUUUUAUUUUUGAAUGUGUCCUGUGUUGUCUCCGCUGCUUGUGUCUAAGAAGCCACUUUAAUUACAGCAUAGAGUAUGAUGUUUUUGUACUUGCCUGAGCAAACGUUAAGAGAUACAAUCCAGGACAGCAACUGCUUUCCACUGAACGAUUAUCAAGCAGCUAAUUUGUCUGCACUGCUGGCAGAGGAAAAAGAUCGACUUAGCAAAAGAACCAAAUCUUCCUCCGUUCAAAGAGGCCCAGCUUGUUAGGUUAGAAGUAGGGUCCACGUCGUGUGAAAGCAGCUAUUGAAGAUCUGUGGCACAUGCUCAAGAAUUAAUGAUAGCUGAGGCCAGAGAAAAAGGGGCCUGGUUUCCUGGCUGCUGACCAAAGACACUGCUACAAUAGUGUUUCCAGGCUGGUAAUCACAGUUCCUGGUUCAAACAACGACGGCGCAAUUACUGUCAGUGUCUCCUGAGAGAUUUCUCUCCACUGGUGGUUCGCCAGGUACCAAGGCUACAAUUAUGAGAUAUCUAACAGCGAGCUCUGCACAGGAAAGAGAGCAGCUGAUUUAAUUAGAAGUGAGCAAUCAUGACAACCCGGGUCACUUUUAAUUUCCACAUACAAGUACCACUCGUGUUCUCAUGGCAGGUACACAUGUAGCCAUCUUACUUUGUCCUGCAUGAACUGUAGCUCUGAAAUCAGAAAAUGGACACGAGACAUAAUGGGACAAAAAGGCUUGUGUGACCCGACCACUGCAGUACAGGUGCACUUUAGAGACACAGGGACAUGUAAUGGUUCGCACUGUACUCAUGAUGUAGCUGGUCUCCCUCAGGUUUUCUUUUCUUUUUCCUUUUUUCUCCAUUCCACUUUAUUCCUCUGACAAAAGACUGCCUUAUUACAUCUGAAUCUGAAACGAGACAGUAAACGCACUCUCCUGUUGUUGUUUUUUCUCAACACUCAUCCCACACAAACACACAAAGCAGACACACACUCUUCAUCUUAUUUUACGUUUCAAUUAUCCUUUGAUCCCCAAUCUUCUGUUCACUGUAACUAUGCUAGCUUUUGCUCUCUGCUCGUUUUGUAAUCACGCAGCCAGAGAACUUCUUCCCACCUCCUCUUUUCUCCUCCUCCUCUCUCUGUUCGGACUGUUUCCCACUUGUUGCAUGUUUUUUAAAAGAGGAAAGAUGACUGGGGCUAAUGCAUGUGGUAAUUUAGGAAAUGUGUUAUCAUAAACAAAACAAACAUUUACAGUGUAGCAUCAGUGAAACUUUGCAUCUGGCUCAUUGGUUUGCUGCAGCCACUUUUGAUGUUUGUGUAAUUUUUACAUUUUCCUGUGGCAUCGGAAACAACUCACAGAGACACAUUGUUUCCAAGCACAAUCCAUCACUGCAUUAAUGGAGCAAAGGAAGAAUGAAUCAAAAUUACUUCAUAUCGCUAACAUUGUUACACUAAUGCAUGUCUUGCGUGGAAUAUUUUCAGCAGAGCAUCAAUAUUUAAUUCUGGAGGCUGAGAGCAGGAAAAUUAUAAAAAACAGUAAGUAAUUGUUUGAUUUCCUUUGCUGCUUCAUUUAACAAUGAUGGAUUGUGCUCAGGGAGUUAUUUUAGAUGCUGGUAGAUGUAGAAAUAGAUGCCCUGAUUAAGGACCAUCACACAACAUAUAGUAUUACGUACUGUGACUUUUAAGGUGGGAAAAAAUGGUGUUACACAGCUGUAAUCUAACGAGAGAUGGUUUAGGUUUUCCUCCUCAGUCAGUGCUGCCACUGGUGGUCACAUGCUGUAUUACAGCAACACAGAAUUGAUUUAACAUGGUUUGUAUUGACGUCAAUGAAAAAAAAACAUAACCCGAUGCUGUUUUUUCCCACCUUCUAAUCAUAAAGGAGAUUGUGUACCGUCGAGUGAGUCUGGGUUUUCAACAUUCUCCCUGUACCCAAUGUCAAGAGGAACUGUGUGACCUAAACGUCCAGGUUAUAUCACUGAUAUGUAGUGUCAUAGUCCUGGAUCAGGGGUUAAUGGAAACUAGUGCACACAUAUAAUUACGUGUUCAGUUUCAAAGUGAGACUGUGAUUAACUGCAGGAUGGAGAACACAUUGAAUAAAGCCGUAGAUUCACAACCUUCUGUGUCUGGCUAAUGCAAACCAUGCUAUGAGCCAGAUGCAAUGUGUCCCAGGUGUUUACCUUAAAGGAGAUUACUCUGUCUGUCAGUAAAUGUACAGUUACCUUUACAUACAUAUUAUGCAAACAGUUUGUCUGCACUGUACAGUUUGUGUCCAAUCCAUUGUAUACACACAGAAAACAAUAUUGAAUAAAGGAUUUAUA